AUGAUUCUUGCUCACAGCGGAGGUACUCUACCAUUCCUGGCAGGUCGUAUUGAAAGCUGCGUGCUUCACGAUGGGCAUCUGGUCAGGGAAGGAAAGGUUGGGCCGAAGAGGAGAACCGUGUGGGACGUCCUCAAGGAGCAGGUAUACCUGGAUGCCGUCAUCUACUCGGAGGUCGGCCUCAAGGCGGCCAUCGAUGCCAGUGGAGCAGACCGACUCAUGUUCGGGACAGAUCACCCAUUCUUCCCGCCACUUACAAGUGACGAGCAAGGGGAGUGGGAGAGCGUUGGUAUGAACGCCGAAGCUGUGAAUAAGGCUCUUGGUGAGGGAAGCAAAGAGGCUCUCGCAGUCAUGGGCAGCAACGCUGGGGGUGAGGAGACGUUUGGGAACAAUUAUGCCUUCACAGAACAUCUCCGCAAGCUCGUGCAACAAGAGCUGCCCAAGAUCGAUACCCAAGUCAUAAUAUACCCCAAGUACGAGACUCGAGGGGAUCUAGGAGACUGCGUCGGAAGAUUCAGAGACUGGCUGCUCGAGAAGGUGAUCGACCUCGAAGUCGCCAACGGCACACCGUCGCCCACGAUCGAUCCCUCCGUCCGGGUGAUCCUGAUCGGGCACUCCAUGGGCGGCAUCGUGGCCGCCGAGACGGCCAUCGCAUUGACGUCCGAUAAGCCCAUACCCGCCGGCGACACACCGACCGCCGACGCUCCGGACUCGCCCUCCUUCAACAGCCUCAUGUUCCCGUACAUCCAGGGCGUGCUGGCCUUCGACACGCCGUACCUGGGCAUCUCGCCGGGCGUCGUCGCCCACGGCGCCGAGGGCCACUACACCACCGCGAGCGAGACUCUCACGCAGCUGAGCGGCCUGGCGGGCAUGUUCUGGGGCGGCAGCAAGGCGGCGACCGAGACGGCCGCCAAGGACAAGGACAGCGGCAGGACGACCAAGCCCGUGGCCGCGCUCCCGGCACCGGAGGCCAACGCCGGCAGUCCGAAGCCAUGGGAGCGGUGGGGCAAGAUUGCCAUGUAUGCUGGUGCUGCGGGUGCUGUUGCGGCUGGGGGAGCGGCGGCGUAUCUGAAACGGGACCAGCUCACAGAAGGAUGGACCUGGGUGUAUUCACACCUCGAGUUCGUCGGCGUGUUGGCCAAGGGUGAGGAGCUACGAAAGCGAGUGGCUUACAUGGGGCGCCUGGACAAAGAACUCGGGGUUGGUUUCGCUAACCUGUACACACGACUGGGUAAGGCGGCCUCGUCGAAGCAGGUCAGCAUGGUCGGUACCGUACUUGGGAGCCAGAGGACGUUCUGCAACCUGCCGUCCAAGCAGAUCGUUGGUGUGUGGAAGGAGGCCAUCAACGAUGCUGCAACCGACGAGACUUGGGCACAUAUGUCAAUGUUUGAGCCGAAAGAGAAUCCGGCGUACGAGAAGCUUGCCAAUGAUGCGAAACAGCUUAUUACGGCAUGGACGAAGAACGACUGGUACGAGAGUGCCACUAAGGAGGCGAUUGAAUAA